CACAUUUAAGAGUAUUUAUAGAAUGACCAAAAUAAAUACGGUGAAAAAACGAUCAAGGAACGAAAUUUUCAAACACCAAAUACUUUGUUCAACUUCUGCAACCAAACGGUCAUUGUUCUUACGAAAGAGUUGUUAUAUAUAUAUAAAUGAAUAGUUUUGUAUAUAAAUAAUUUACAUUUAUAUUGCACAAUAAAGUUAUGAAAUUACUCUAAAAUGGAGUGGUAUCCUGAAGAAGAUGAAGAAGAGUUGAUGUAUUCGCCAGCUUUAUUGGCUAGAAGAGCAUCUGAGAGCUGGAUCGUUGAGCCACCGAUCGAGAUUACUCCUAUAAAUGUGACUCUCCAACGAAAAAAAUCGCUACCAGAUUUUCAAGAUCUUCCACGUGCCACGGAAGCUAUGACUAGGGAGGAGGUGUCUGCAUUGGGUUCAGCAAGACGUGAAGCUGUACGCCGCCAAAUUGAAACUAACGAAAGACUAAAAGCGAAUCCCCUACUUUAUAUUUUUAGUCCACAAGUUAAGGAUUGGUUUACUCGACAACAAUUGGUGCUACUUGUGCUUUUUGUAAAUAUACUUUUAGGCUACCUUUUCGUGAAAAUGUUAACAUAGCGAAAUUUAUUUAAAGCCUAGUAUACUCAUAUGAAAAUUUACGGUUUUAGUUAAAUAUCUUAGUGAUUUUAAGUUAUAUUCGAAUGAAUGUCUGCACAAUUUUGAUAAAAAAAUAACGUUAUAAAUCACGAGUCUUAAUGGUCAUUAUAUAUGCUUUAUAUACUUAAAGAUUUUGUCGUUCACUAUUAUGCAUUUGGUCAGUUCGCUAGAGGAGAAAUUUUUUUAUGUAAUCCAAUCACAUAUUACAUUUAAAGAAUUUAUCAAGUAUUCGUGAUAUAGUUCCCUAAUUUAAUGAUUUUGUUUAUCAGAAACAUUGGACUCUUUCUGUUAUAUAUACUUUUGUAGGAAAUGGACAUAUACUUGUAGACACAAAAGAAAGGUAUCAGCAUCAAGACAUUAGUUGCAUAUACAUACAUAUGUCAUAAAGAAUUCUAAAAUAUUCCCUUCGUCUCCCAAUUAACCUACAACUUAGAAUCUAUAUUUAUAUCAAUCAUACCUUAAAAAAUUUCUUAUAUAGAGAAUUGUAAGUUCGUGAACAUAAUUUAUAUCCAAUAAUUUUCUUUAAUUUAGAGUAACAACUAGUUGUUUCUUCAGUGCGAAUUGACCUAAUUGUAAGAAAAUAAAUAUUAAUUCAAUUCUUGUUUAAAUCCCUCUAUAAAAAAUCAUUUGUUUUUACUUAUGUUUAGUGUAAAAUAUUUCUUACGUGCUUUAUUCAAAAAAUUAUAUUAGAUUUGUUUUUAUGAAUAUUGUCCUAUGCGUACCAGGAUAUUUGAAACGAAGAUAAAAUCAGUACUCUCCUAAAGUUGAACUACUACUUAGUUACUACGGUCAAUUAAUAAAAGCAAAUGUGAGUUACAUAUCGUCACCUAAAAUGCAAAAUAACGUAACAACAUUUUCGAAAAUUUACAGUGGCUUGAAUGAAACACGAAAUAAAAUGGAACAAGAGUGAAACAAAUUUUUAAUAUUGGUUAAAUCUGGUUCAUAUAUGAGCGCAGAACCUGAAAAUGUUGGACAUAUGUAAUAUUAUGUAUGUAAUUUGAAGUAGUGAAUCGUAAUCAAUAAGAUACUCAAUUCCGAAUUUUUUGAUGAUACGUUAUUUUGCAUUUUAGGUGACGAUAUACUAAAAUUAUGUAAAAAAGUAAGGAAGGGCUAAGAUCGUGUGCAGAACAGUUUGUCUGUCGCAACUUAUGUGGCUCAAAUUCGAUGUAAUAUUACCAGGUGUUGACAACAUUAUUACUAAUAUACAAUAUUUUGCUUCUAGCCCGAAAUGUUUAUAUCGGGUGAUUUUUUAAGAGCUUGAUAACUUUUUUUUAAAAAAACGCAUAAAAUUUGCAAAAUCUCAUCGGUUCUUUAUUUGAAACGUUAGAUUGGUUCAUGACAUUUACUUUUUGAAGAUAAUUUCAUUUAAAUGUUGACCGCGGCUGCGUCUUAGGUGGUCCAUUCGGAAAGUCCAAUUUUGGGCAACUUUUUCGAGCAUUUCGGCCGGAAUAGCCCGAAUUUCUUCGGAAAUGUUGUCUUCCAAAGCUGGAAUAGUUGCUGGCUUAUUUCUGUAGACUUUAGACUUGACGUAGCUACGUAAAUAAGCAAAAUUGCCGCAUUUGGGGUGAAGAGCAACCAGAAGCCGUUCAAGAACUGCCCAUGCAUCCCGAAAAAAUGCACUGUUUGGUGUGGUUUGUACGCUGGUGGAAUCAUUGGACCGUAUUUUUUCAAAGAUGCUGUUGGACGCAACGUUACGGUGAAUGGCGAUCGCUAUCGUUCGAUGCUAACAAACUUUUUGUUGCCAAAAAUGGAAGAACUGAACUUGGUUGACAUGUGGUUUCAACAAGAUGGCGCUACAUGCCACACAGCUCGCGAUUCUAUGGCCAUUUUGAGGGAAAACUUCGGAGAACAAUUCAUCUCAAGAAAUGGACCCGUAAGUUGGCCACCAAGAUCAUGCGAUUUAACGCCUUUAGACUAUUUUUUGUGGGGCUACGUCAAGUCUAAAGUCUACAGAAAUAAGCCAGCAACUAUUCCAGCUUUGGAAGACAACAUUUCCGAAGAAAUUCGGGCUAUUCCGGCCGAAAUGCUCGAAAAAGUUGCCCAAAAUUGGACUUUCCGAAUGGACCACCUAAGACGCAGCCGCGGUCAAAAUUUAAAUGAAAUUAUCUUCAAAAAGUAAAUGUCAUGAACCAAUCUAACGUUUCAAAUAAAGAACCGAUGAGAUUUUGCAAAUUUUAUGCGUUUUUUUUUUUUAAAAAGUUAUCAAGCUCUUAAAAAAUCACCCGAUAUUAUAAUUAAUUUAAUUAAAUCAAAUGAUAUAUACGUAUGUGAUAUAAAUUCAUCCAAAGACGUCAAAUUUGAUGUAUAGGGUUCAUACAAAAACCAUCAACCAGAGGACAAAAGUAACUAUUCGAGUAUUAGAGAUAUGAUUUACGUUUUACGUCUAAGCCAAUUUCUUUCAUAUCCAGCGCACUUUAUUUUAAAGAAAACUUCUCCACUUAAUUUUAGUAAGGUGAAAAGUUGGAAAUCACCAUAUGUUUGGAUUAGAGACAGCUUAAGAAAGGUAUUAAAUUUUUUUAUUGUUUAAGAAUGCUCGAAAGCGUGCUGCAGGUAACUUUUUGAAGAUUACCCACAUAAUGAUCGACAUAUAAUAACGAAAAUCAUUAUAUGUGGUACAUGGAUCGAUUUCACACAUUUUCCGCAUUAUACUACUGUACCGGGUUUCCCAAUAUUCAUUGUAAAAAAAAAAAAUUCAAAUUAUUCAAAUAUACAUAUUAUCGAAAUUAUCGUUCUCCAA